ACGAUUAUGUACACAAUACACACGUACCCGACGUACGUACGUAUAUCAACACGCGAAAAGUACCGGCCGGCUAGUUAUUGCGCGGUCACCGGUAGUAUCUGUGUACCACGAUACUGAUUUCGAUUUCGAUUUCUUCACGAACCGAAGUACGAUUUAUUCCUUGUUUACGGAGCAGAUUUCAACCUGAAAAUGUCGUCCGAAAAAGAAAAGGCUCUUCAGACCGAGAUUGCAGACAUGGACGGCCAUUUUACGGAGGAAGGAGCGUCCAACGGCACGACAAAGGCAGCGCUCGCGAACCAUGUGGCGUUGGUCAAUGAGGACACCACCCCAGUCAAGGAGAAGCUGGACUCCAGCGGGGAUGAGAACGAGGAGCGUGGCAACUGGUCCAACCACCUGGACUUCAUGCUGUCCUGUGUCAGCUACGCGGUGGGCCUGGGCAACGUGUGGCGUUUCCCGUACCUGUGCUUCAGCAAUGGGGGAGGAGCCUUCCUCAUCCCGUACUGCAUCAUGCUGCUGUUUGCUGGACUGCCUCUCUUCUUCCUGGAGUUGAGCUUUGGCCAGUAUGGCAGCAACGGCCCAAUCAGUGCCUGGCGUGCCGUGCCGUUCUUUCGAGGUGUUGGCUACGGUAUGGUCAUCGUGUCGGCACUGGUGGCCAUCUACUACAACGUCAUCAUCUGCUACACCAUCUUCUACAUCAUCCAGUCCAUGACCACCACGCUUCCCUGGAUAGGCUGCAACCACAAAUGGAACGGCGAGUUCUGCAGCACCUUGGUCACCGAGUGUCUGGACAACGGCGGCAUCGUCACGGUCGAGAACCAGUGCGUCAAGAUCGCUAACAUGACCGCUGCCGAGAUGAACCAGUACAACGUGACCGCCGACGGCAACAUCACCGACUACAAAGACCCCCUGGCCAGCAUGCGUAUCAGACCCAGUGAGGAGUACUACAGGCAAGGGGUGUUGCACGAUUCCGGAGAUAUCUUUGAGUCUGGCUACGUUAUUUGGGAGUUGGCCCUCUGCCUCCUGCUUGCCUGGGUCCUGGUGUUCGUCUGUCUGGCCAAAGGGGUCAAGUCAUCUGGAAAGGUUGUGUAUUUCACGGCCAUCUUCCCCUACGUGGUCCUCUUCAUCCUGCUGAUCCGCGGCGUCACUUUGGACGGCUACAUGGAAGGAGUCAAGUUUUUCAUCACGCCUCGCUGGGAGCUCCUCAAACACCCCAAGGUCUGGAAGGAUGCCGCUGUCCAGAUCUUCUAUUCGCUGAGCGCUUCGUGGGGUGGUCUGAUCACGCUGUCAUCUUACAACAAAUUCCACAAUAACUGCUUCAGGGAUGCCAUGAUCGUUCCGUUCAUCAACUGCGCCACCAGUAUCUUCGCCGGCUUCGUCAUCUUCUCCAUCAUGGGCAACAUGGCUCACGAGCUCAAGGUUCCCGUCUCCGAAGUCGUUGAUGAAGAAUUCGGCCUGGCCUUCAUCGCCUAUCCCGAGGCUGUAGCACGACUACCAAUUUCCCCGCUCUGGUCUUUAUUGUUCUUUUUCAUGCUUCUCACGCUGGGGCUAGGAAGUCAGCUCUGCAUUGUGGAGACCGUCGUCACAUCCGUUGUGGAUGAAUUCCCUCGCUAUCUGAGAUCCAGGAAAGUCUGGGUGCUCGCGGUUUACUCCACGCUGGGUUUCCUGCUCGGUCUUAAUUGCGUCACUCAAGCUGGUAAUUACUGGGUGAUUCUGAUGGACAAUUACGCGGCCGACUUUGCGCUUCUCAUCUUUGGUCUCUGCGAGUGCAUUGGACUUGGCUGGAUGUACGGCGUGCGUCGAUUCUUCAACGACAUCCGCUGCAUGAUCUCGGAUCGCCUGGUGGACAACCCCCUGUUCAAGUGGUGGGGCGUGCAGUGGUGUGCUCUGACGCCGGCCAUCCUUUCGUUUGUCCUCCUGUUCAACUGGAUCGACUGGGAGGUCCCCAUGGCCGGGGAUAAGGACUUUCCCAUGGGAGCUCACAUCAUCGGCUGGAUCAUGAUCAGCUCAAGCAUCUCUGCCAUUCCAGCAGUCAUGAUCUACGAGCUGGUAAAAGCCGAGGGUAACAUCAUUGAGCGAUUCCGACAGGCCACCACCUCCAAACCCUCCUGGGGUCCGGCGCUGAAACUCCACCGUCUCGAAGCCAUCAACGUCCACAAGUCACACGGCACGGUCAUGGGCGGCGACCUGGAACCGGGAACUGACAGGUACAAGGACAAUGACGUCAAGUAUUCCCCGGCUGACGCUGACGAAUCCAUGGUUUAAAUUUCCCCAAUUCCUACAUUUUCUUUUCGCUUUUGCUUUUAGAGUUUCGCAUCUCGUUAGAACUCCAUCCUUUUGGAGAUGGCACUGGCCAUUGGUACUAUGACCUUACCGAUUCACCAUCCGCAGCAAAAGGGUUUAAAAGCAGGGUUUUCAAACUGAACGAAAAGCACCCUUUUGUCUUUGUGAGGUCGAAAAAAAUCCUGGCCGUCUGUAUUUCUCCGGAGAUAUAGCCAUACGUUUGCCAUUUCCUUGGCGAAUAUUUAAAGAUCAUGCCCUCGUGCAAAAGUCUUCUUGAAGAAGUGCCAUCUAGUUCAACCGUUGGUGCAGAGAGAGCUUAAAUGGUGGAAUGUGGGAGAACCUUGUGAGCGAGAAACCACGAUGAUCCCACUCGGUUCGUUUGAAGAACUAAAAUUACUUCGGGAAUUUCGGUGUCCCGGUGUGGGACAGACAAAGGUUUUAAAUUUGGUUCCUUAUUAGGCCCUUUUGUACCUUGAAAUACUGCCAGGAAAUAGUUCGUUAUUUUUCUUGAAGAUAUUUUUUGUUAGAACAGACAUGACAUGUUUACAAUGAUCUACAACUUCUUUGCCGGCUGACAAAAGUUUGAGAGAAAUUUGUUACGGAAAGAUUUCAAAUAUUGAUUUUGUUCCUAUUAUAAAGAGCAUCGGAUAGCGUAGACUUUUUUUUUCUUUUUAGAACAUUUUUAGUUUGUUUUUGUUCUUAUUUUGGAAUUAUUAUCGGAGGUGCUUUUUUUGUCUCUGGAGUGAAGCUACGAUGAGGCUCCUUGAAAUAUUUGUAAAUAGAAGAAAGAUGUGCAUGCUUUUGAGGAUGAAUUUUGUGUGGAGAGACGCGGGAAAUAUAUCUCCAUAAAUCUUCUUGACAAAAAAAAAAAAAA